AUGUCCUCCGUACCCGGCGAGAACUUCGAGCCGCGCCAGACAGCCACGAGCGAAGACUACACCCCCGACCCCUCCAAGUCGCUGCCACUCGAGAAAAAUCGGCAAGCGCUCGUUGACGACAUCAUCGCCCUCUACAGCUGCCAGCCGACAGUCGAGCGGGUGAAGCGCUACACGCCCAACUGCGUCUACGACGACCAAUUCGUGUACGCGAAUGACCGGUACAAGAUGGCUGGGCAGUGGUUCGCGCUGCCCAAGCUGUUCAAGGCGAGCGUGAACGAGGGGUAUCAGGUUAUCAAGAACGAGAGGGACUUUAUUCAGUUUAAGAACAAGCAGUCCUGGACUUUCCGCAUCAUCCCCAAAACCGCAACCAUCACGGGCCUGGUCUCGCUGUCGCUUGAUCCAGAUACCGCCGACUCGGACUUCAUCCAGGUCAAGUACCACAAGGACCAGGCGAACGACAAGGACUACUCGCAUGAGGGUCUCGGCUUCACGUUCAAGAAGUUCCAGGCGGAUAACGUGGCCAAGUAUAUGAGCCAGCCGGAGGUCAAGGAGUUUGAGGCGGAUAAGAAUGCGGGUAAGGAGCACGUGAGGAAAUAUGGCACUGGCAAGGCGGAGGGUGAUGCGCCGACGGAGGACUUUACGAAGCAGUAG